CCCACACCGCUCCCCCCGGCGGGCGCAGACCCCCCGGCCGAGGUGCGGAUCGCGGGGGUCCCGGCGCUGGCGGAGAACGCUUCGGCCGCCCUCUCCUGCACCAGCGCCCCCAGUAACCCCCCGGCGCGGCUGCGCUGGUGGCUGGGGGGGCGGGAGCUGCCCCCCACCGACACCGCCCACGCCCAGGGGGAGGGGCGUGGCACGGUGACGGUGUCCAACGUCACGCUGGUGGGGCGGCGCGAGGACCACGGGCGCCCCAUCGUGUGCGAGGCCGCGGUGGCGGGGCUGGGCACGCGCAGCGCCACCCUCCUGCUCAGCGUCACCCACCCCCCCCAGGACCUGUGGCUCGAGACCCCGCCCCCCAACGCCACCUUCCGCGUGGGGGAGCGGCUGCGGCUGGGCUGUCACGCGCGGGGGGGGCACCCCGCCCCCCGCCUGGCCUGGAGCAAGGACGGGCGCCCCCUGAAGGAGGGCACCCAGGGGUCCGGGGGGACGGUGACGUCGCGGGAGCUGCUGGUGACGGUGACGCCCAGCGACAACGGGGCCACCUACCGCUGCGAGGCUUUGGGGGACCCCCGCGGGACCCCCCUCAGCGCCACCACCCGCCUCCGCGUCCUCUUCCCGCCCCUCUCGGUGACGGUCUCGGCGUCACCCCGCGAGGCCCGGCCGGGCCAGACCCUCGUCCUGACCUGCCUGGCCGGCAGCGCCCACCCCGCCCCCACCCUGCGCUGGCUCCGCCACGGGCACCCGCUCCCGGGCGAGCCCCUGCCCCCCUCCCCAGCACCCUUCGGGGGGGUCGCGACCGGGUCCCGCCUGCGCCUGCGGGUGGGGCCGGGGGACCAGGGCGGGGCCGUCACCUGCCAGGCCACCAGCCCCGCCCUGGGCGUGGCCGUCAGCGCCGCCCACCAGAUCCUCGUGCGCCAUGCCCCCCAGUUUGCGGCGGGGGCGGGGGCGCUGGUGGUGGCGCGGGAGCACGAGGGGGCGCAGCUGCCCCUCCUCAUCCUCGCCCACCCCCCCGUGGAGAGCUGCGCCUGGAGCCUCGGCGGCCGCGCCCUGCACCCCGAGGGGUCGCCCCGUCACCGCCUGCUGCCGGGGGGGGGGCUGGAGAUCGGCAACGUCACGCGGGGGGACGGCGGCACCUACGGGGUGGAGUGUCGCAACGCCGAGGGGCGGGGCCAGGCCUGGCUCCGCCUCCUCGUGCACUACCCCCCGGCCAUCGUGCGGGCCCCCGACCCGGUGCUGGUGGCCGAGGGCGGCGCCGCGGAGCUGCUGUGCGAGGCCGAGGGGAGCCCCCUGCCCCCCGCCGGCCUGCGCUGGGGGCGCCUGGGGGAGGAGGGGCCCGAGGGGCUCCCCGAAGAGCUGCAGCCCGAGGGGGGGCUCCCCGUGGGGCGCCUGCGGGUGCGGGGGGCGCGGCGGGAACUUGGGGGGCCCUACGAGUGCCGCGUGGACACGGGGGUGCCCCCCCCCGCCCGGGCCGUCGUCCGCCUCGUCGUCCGCUAUGGCCCCGAGCUGGAGGCGGAGUCGGAGGCGGAGCCAGUGCCGGUGCUGGUGCCUGACGGGUCGGACUUGGCGCAGCUGCGGUGCCGCGCCCAGGGCGUGCCCGGGGUGGAGCUGCGCUGGGAGCGCCGCGGCCAAUCCCUGCGCCCCGAUCAGGCCAGUUUCCAGGAGCACCAGUGGCGCGAGGGCCCCUGGACCAGCAGCCUCCUCACCGUGACCAACAUCACCCUGGAUCGGGCCCGCCUCCGCCACCAGUACCACCGCCUCGACUGGGACCAGUACAAGAACCGACACCGACACCAGUACCGCAACUGGGACCAGUACAAGGACUGGGACGAGGACCAGAACCGGACCCUCGGUACCUUCGUCUGCGUCGCCCAGAGCCCGCUGGGAACCGUCCGGCGCCGCCUCCAGCUCCGCCUCGCUGACCGGCCGGACCCCCCCCAAGACCUGCGGGUGUCGGGGGUCACCCCCACUUCCCUCAGCCUCACCUGGACCCCCGGCUUCGAUGGGGGGCUGCCCCAGAGCUUCCUCGUCAGCGCUAGGGGCCCCGGCGCCCCGCCCCCGCCCGCCGCCCUCCUUGUGCCCGGCCCCACGGUGACGCUGGGGGGGCUCCGCCCCGCCACGCCCUAUGACGUCACUGUGAGGGCACGCAACGCCCGUGGUGACGGCGCGGCUGCCGUCAUCAGGGCCGUCACUUCCGAGCUGGUCGUUGAUUCGCCGCCGGCGGGGGAGGAGCCAGCCCCGCCCCCUGCAGGCUUUGCGGUGCCCCCCGCCCUCGUCGGGGGGCUCAGCGCUUUGGGGGGGCUCCUCCUCCUCGGCAACGCCGCCCUCUGGGGGGCGCUGUUGUGGCGACGUCAUAUCCGGGGGCGGGACCCAGGCGUCCUGGGGGGGGACCCAGGCCUCGGGGCCAAGGCGGGGACCCCCAACCAGUACAGCCCGGUGACGGUGACCCCCGAGAGUGUGGAGCUGAGCUCUAUGGGGUCGUGGGCGACCCGCAGCGACCCCCACCCGUGGGACCCACCCGUGGGUGACUUUCACCCCUACGAGGACGUGGCCGAAUGGGGGGGCUACGAGGAGGUGGCCCCCCCAGAUCUGCGAUUCACCCACCAGGGGGAGCUGGUUUAAGGGGAGGGAGGGGGCCGGACCACGCCCCCAAGAAGCCCCACCCCACGAAGCCCCACCCCUAAUAAACCCCACCCCCUCGGAGGGAGGGCGGAGCUCUCCUGGGUCCGUGUGUUUAAGGGGGGGGGAGGGGGGUCCCCGAA